AUGACUUACAGCUAAAAAUAAGAGCCGCUUAUUUCAUCUUAAACUGAUAAAGGAUUGUCUGAAUGUAACCAGUAUUCCGCAGAGAAGUAAUGACUGAGUAGUGCUUACUGUUGUAACGCUGAGUUAAAGUCCCUCGUAAUUUUCGCUUGUUGGAAGAACUUGAAGAAGGUCAGAAAGGAGUAGGAGAUGGUACAGUAAGCUGGGGCCUCGAAGAUGACGAAGACAUGACACUUACAAGGUGGACGGGCAUGAUUAUUGGACCACCAAGGACAAAUUAUGAAAACAGAAUAUACAGCUUGAAAGUAGAGUGUGGGCCUAAAUAUCCAGAAGCACCUCCAACAGUUAGAUUCGUAACUAAAAUUAAUAUGAAUGGAAUAAAUAAUUCCAAUGGAAUGGUGGAUGCACGAAGCAUACCAGUGUUAGCAAAAUGGCAAAAUUCUUAUAGCAUUAAAGUUGUACUUCAAGAGCUAAGGCGUCUAAUGAUGUCCAAAGAAAAUAUGAAGCUUCCACAACCUCCAGAAGGACAAACUUAUAACAAUUAAUUUUAGCUGAAUCCCAAACUUGUCUUAAACAACUUCUACUUAUGUUUAAUGUCUUGAUUCAAUCUCACAAUGCAAACCACCCACACAUUAAGAGUUUCUGCUGGUGUACGUGAUCUGGACAUUUGAAAGAAUAUAUAUAUAUGUAUAUGUAUGCCCCAUAUGUUUUCAGGCACAAUCAGAGAGAGAAAAAAGGCAGCACAAUUAUUUUUCCUCUUUACCAAGGCACUAUAAUUUUAAGCAUAAACCUGAAGUAGCCUAAAAUUGGAGCUCCGGUGUUUCAAGAUGAAAGCAUGACAGGAAGUGUCAGGUUGCUGUGGAAUAAUGUUUCAGAAAACCUUUUCUCAAGAAGAAAAAAAUACAAAUGGCAUGCUUUAUCCAUCUUGCUUUAGUAAAAGAGCUGCAGAUAAAUUUGUUUCAGUAGCAGGUACUGCAAAUACCAUUGCUCAACUUGUUUAAUUUUUGCAAAGGUGUGGGUGCUGACUGCUAGUAGUGUCACAGAAUACGGUCAGGAUUGUUUUGAUACUUGUAUUUAUAAAAUGGGGAAAUGAUUUUCUUUUAAGCGGCUCCUGUGUGUUACAUGUAAUGGACAUUGCAAAUAUUUGUUUACAGUCUUUGUUCUAAUAAACCAUGCAUUUAAGUUUUAGUGAAGCAAAACAAAAAAGGAAAAUAGGUGUAUGGAUAUGUGAUUGAGAAUAAAAUUAGUCUUCAAAUGUAAAUAAAAUGUGGAAAGUA